AGCAAGAAGAACUGCAAUUAACAAGUGCAUGAAUUAAUUUAAAAAAAAAACUCAGAAAAUUUCUUGGUUAAUAAUAAUGUCUUCGAGCCGGGGAUCAUUAGCAUCAAGAAUUAAUGCAAAUGAAGAAGAGAUUAAUGAACUAAUCGUUAAAUUACAAGCGUUGUUACCUGAGAGAAACCAUGGGCACUUGAGAAGGGUACCAAAAGAUGAAAUUCUGAAAGAAGUAUGCAAGUACAUCAGGAAGCUUAACAAAGAAGUAGAAAACAUGAGUGAAAGGAUUUCUGAGCUGUUGGGUUCAGUGGAUCAUAUUGGUCUGCUUUAUGAAGAUGUUAUCAACAAUCUUUUGCAAUAUUAGUUGAUUUAUACAUAGUAUUUUGUUGGUAGUAAUAAGGACAAAAGUAUGGAUAAUGUAGUUCUAUAUGUUCCUGAGUUAAGGUACAAAAAUAUCUUUAAGACAAAAUUAAG